GCUUUUGGCUUUUGGGGAGAAGGGGAGAGGAAAGAGAAACAGUAAACUGGAAUCCAGCAUUCAAACUUAGAAGAUUAUUCCAGUUAAGCAGCUAGAUUGUUGGUGUGAUUAAUUCCACUGUGAAACUUAAUUCUUCAAAAACAUUGAGCAGUACUGCUGCAACGUACAGCUGUAGUGCUUUUGAAACCGAAGGUUUCUUAAGAAGGGAGGGAAAAAAAAAAAAACCACUUUUGUUCCCAGGAGAAUAGUUUGACUGGGUUUCCUCACUUCUCUUUCAAAUAUAUAUUUAAGAGAUCUUUUAUUUCGGCAUAACAAUAAUUAUUUGCAGGAGUUUUUCUGUUCGCGACUAAUUUAGAACUUGUAGGUUUGAGCUGCCUGAAUUGGCCAGACAGCUGUAAUCGCACUCCUCUGUUCUUAAUCUCUUUAUCUGGGCAGCAGCUGCCAUAUGGCCACAGUCAGCUGGAUCAGAUGUUUAUAAGCUUCCUUCUUCGUCCCUCUCUGUCCUCAGCCUCCUAAUUUGAUCAGGGCUACCUUGUGAGCCGCCCUCCAAUCUUUAUUUUUAGCCCUCUCAAGGAUUAGGAUUGAUGUUAGCUGUGGGGCACUUAAAGUGAUUGUAUUGUCAAUCUGGGUUGGGGCUAGCAGUGACAUCUUGCAGAAUGUACUUGGGGUUAAAAGGAAAGUUUUAGUCUCUCUCGGGCAGAGUGUAGCAGCAGCAGGACAGUCCUCUGAGCACUGAGUUAGAGGGUGUGCAGUCCCCCAGUGCCCUUGCUGCUGGCGGCCAAGAAGGGGAAGCCAGGGUGUCUUUCUUUUUAAGGAGUUUACCCGGUGAAGUUGAGUUUUGACCCUUCGCCGCCUCCACCUUUCCUCUCCCUCCUCCCUUACCAGGAAACAAGGACAGUGAUGCAUAUUUGAAAGAACAGAAGCUAGUGAGAAAGCAAAAUUUAUCAAGUGAUGUUGAAACAAAGUAUUUUCUGUUGUGGAGGUUAUGAAGACAGCAUGGAGUUUCCAGACCACAGUAGACAUUUGCUGCAGUGUCUGAGCGAGCAGAGGCACCAGGGCUUUCUUUGUGACUGCACUGUGCUGGUGGGAGAUGCCCAGUUCCGAGCGCACCGAGCUGUACUGGCUUCAUGCAGCAUGUAUUUCCACCUCUUUUACAAGGACCAGCUGGACAAAAGGGACAUUGUUCAUCUGAACAGCGACAUUGUUACAGCCCCCGCUUUCGCUCUCCUGCUUGAAUUCAUGUAUGAAGGGAAACUCCAGUUCAAAGACUUGCCCAUUGAAGACGUGCUAGCAGCUGCCAGUUAUCUCCACAUGUAUGACAUUGUCAAAGUUUGCAAAAAGAAGCUGAAAGAGAAAGCCACCACCGAGGCCGACAGCACCAAAAAGGAGGAAGACGCCUCGAGUUGCUCCGACAAAGUUGAAAGUCUCUCCGAUGGCAGCAGCCACAUGGCAGGCGAUUUGCCCAGUGAUGAAGAUGAAGGAGAAGAUGAAAAGCUGAAUAUCCUGCCUGGCAAAAGGGACUUGGCGGCCGAGCCUGGGAACAUGUGGAUGCGAUUGCCCUCGGACUCAGCAGGCAUCCCUCAGGCUGGUGGAGAGGCAGAGCCACACGCCACAGCAGCUGGAAAAACAGUAGCCAGCCCCUGCAGCUCAACAGAGUCUUUGUCCCAGAGGUCUGUCACCUCCGUGAGGGAUUCGACAGAUGUUGACUGUGUGCUGGACCUGUCUGUCAAGUCCAGCCUUUCAGGAGUUGAAAAUCUGAACAGCUCUUAUUUCUCUUCACAGGACGUGCUGAGAAGCAACCUGGUGCAGGUGAAGGUGGAGAAAGAGGCUUCCUGUGAUGAGAGUGAUGUUGGCACUAAUGACUAUGACAUGGAACAUAGCACUGUGAAAGAAAGUGUGAGCACUAAUAACAGGGUACAGUAUGAGCCGGCCCAUCUGGCUCCGCUGAGGGAAGACUCAGUCCUGCGGGAGCUGGACCGGGAGGACAAAGCCAGUGACGACGAAAUGAUGACCCCAGAGAAUGAGCGUGUCCAGGUGGAAGGGGGCAUGGAGGGCAGUCUGCUCCCGUACGUCUCCAACAUCCUGAGCCCCGCGGGCCAGAUCUUCAUGUGCCCUCUGUGCAACAAAGUCUUCCCCAGCCCCCACAUCCUGCAGAUCCACCUGAGUACCCACUUCCGUGAGCAGGACGGCAUCCGCAGCAAGCCCGCCGCCGAUGUCAACGUGCCCACGUGCUCGCUGUGUGGGAAGACUUUCUCCUGCAUGUAUACCCUCAAGCGACAUGAGAGGACUCACUCGGGGGAGAAGCCCUACACAUGCACCCAGUGCGGCAAGAGCUUCCAGUACUCGCACAACCUGAGCCGCCACGCCGUGGUGCACACCCGCGAGAAGCCACACGCGUGCAAGUGGUGCGAGCGCAGGUUCACGCAGUCAGGAGACCUGUACAGACACAUUCGCAAGUUCCACUGUGAGUUGGUGAACUCCUUGUCCGUCAAAAGCGAAGCACUGAGCUUGCCUACUGUCAGAGACUGGACCUUAGAAGAUAGCUCUCAAGAACUUUGGAAAUAAUUUUAUAUAUAUAUAUAUAUAUAUAUAAGUAAUAUAUAUAUGCAUAUAUAUACAUAUAUAUAAAUAGAUCUCUAUAUAGUUGUGGUACGGUCUAAAAGCAGUCUUGUUUCCUGGAACUAAAAAGUUGGGAUAUUAACUUGUUUUUUGCACUUUAGAAUAGCAUGAGAAUCUCACUAAUUUAGCAUUCUGAUAAAAGAACCUUUAGAGCAAGUCAGAGAAUAGAGAGGUGUUUUGUUAUGAGGGGGUAGGGAAAUAAGCCAAUAAGAACCUUUUCAACAAGUUGUCCUAUCACAAAAUGCUUCCAUAUGGCUUAAUUUUGUCAAUACUGCAUUGUCUUUUCAAGCUGUCCUUCCCCGCCCCCACCCUCGACAGCAAGUUUUGUUUCAUUUUUUAAGUAGAAAUUCCCUCCAAUUUUAUUAGCCUCUUUAUAUGUCUCAAACUGCAUGAAUCUUUUUUGGCUGUUGGAAACCUGAAUGCUUUUAGACCCAAAUGGAAAAUUUUUGAGAUGCUGGAUUAUCUAUUUUUAAACAAGCAGUUGACUUUCAACUUUCUGUGGCAACUUCUGGUUUUUGUGACAGUUCCCAAUGAGAGCAAUUCUGAGAGUACACUGGGAUCACUGGGACACUGUCGUUGAGAAGGUUUGCUUGGGAUGACAAGGAUAUUGCAGCUUCAGCAGUGUUGAACUGUGUGUUUAAAAAUGUGAAUUACUGUUCUUGUAUACUGUAAUUGAUUAUGUGGGCUGGGGGGGUCAAAGAACUUGACAGGUUGUGUUGAUGCUCUUAGUUGAGGCUUGAAAAGUAAAUAUUAACGCUACAGAAAUGCAUGAGUUUCAAUGUAUUUUUUUGUCUUUGUUUGCAUUGUAUAACUUUAAUGAGUGAGUUUAAAAUUAUUUAAUUUCCUUAGAAAAAUAGCACCGUUUGGAAAAAGGAAACUGGUGUUAUGAAGAACGCAAAUGCACUGUUUUUAUUUUUUAUUUUAUAUAAUUUAAAUUGACUUUCCCACUGUCUUUAAGUUGAAACUGUUAAGCUGAAUAAAAACUUAAGCUGCAAACUGAUAACUCUGCUACAUAACAAGGAAAAUAUAAAUGUUUACAAAUGGCUUAAAGAUCUGCAUGUGCAGUGUGCAUUUAUAACAAACUUGUAAUUGCACAGACCCAUGUCAGCUCAGAGUUCAGUGUACACAUUUACCCGGUUGAGCAUUUCUGGAAUAACUACUGCACAAAUUGACAAUAGGUCAUUCUCUCGUUUUUCUUUUUCUCCCCUUCUUCCUCACCCUCCCUCCCUCCCUUCCUCUUCCCCCACCACCCUCCCCCCUCCCGGAAAAAAAAAAAAAACUCAUGAAAAGAUUCUAUGGACUAAAAAAAAAAGGCCCAGGCUGAAAGGACUGGGCUGCCUUGAUUGACGUGGGGAAGGGGUUAGUAGACGAUGUGUAUCGCGGCAGCAGAGGCUGCGGCCCAGUGCACGGCUGUGACGCCCGGCGCGGGGCAGAUGCAUUUUGCACAGUGUUUGUUUUCCUGUCUUGCACUUACAAAUAAGGUCUAUGGGGGUAGCAUGGAAAACGUUUGCUGUUUUUCCCUUUUUUUUUUUUUAAUUGCUUUUGUUUAAAAUUUGAUCGCCUUAACUACUGUAAACAUAGCCUAUUUUUGUGCUUAAGAUACUGAAUGGAAAACUCCAUUGUGUGUUGCUGGACUGUUUUGGAAAUAUUUGGUCAAAUAUGUAUUAAUUUGGCUGUAAUGGCAUUUAAAGCAAACAAACAAAAAAAGCUGUGAAAAUGGCCUUGGAGCAUUAUCUUUAGUUACUUGAAGAAUUUCUAGUUUUUGUUUAAAUACAGUUUAUGUUAAAAUAAUUUUUAUUAAUUUAGAGAAGACAAUCAAUGUCUGUGAGAAAAACGGACUUUUCUUUUGGAUUUUCUUUUUGUGGUCAUUGUGAGUGAUUGCUUUUUCCUUUCCUUAGUUUCACAUUCUUCCUUUGUUCUAAAACUUAGACUGACAUCUAGCUUUGACAAUCAUAGUAUGUUUUAUUUUCCUGAGGGGGGAAUAACUUAUAAUGCUGUUUAGUUUUGUACUAUUGGUGUGUUGGUGAAUUUUUAAACUGUGUGCUAACUGCAAUAAAUUAUAUGAACUGAGAA